AUCAUCACUUUCAGUUCUGAUUGACAUUCCAUAGAUGUGGGACAUCUUGUGAUGUCUUAAAACCAUAGUUACCGGCCUAACUUGUUUGGAUAUCCAACCGGUGGGAAAAAUAUCCAAUUUUGCUACUACUUGCUCAAGAGUUGACAUUCUGUAGAUGUGGAACAUCUUGUGAUGGCUUAAAACCAUAGUUACCGCCUAACUUGUUUGGGUAUCCAAUUGGUGGGAACAUAUCCUGUUUUGCUACUACUUGCUCAUGACUAUAAAUUUGUCCUAGACUUGACCAUGAUUGAGUCACUUCUCAAGAGAAAAGUCACCAGAUCUAUCAGUGUUGGUAGAAAAAUAGUAAUGGUUUCUUUUUGCAGGCAGAAUUCUUUAUUUCAAUAUAAACACUGUUAAAAAAUCCUGAGAGGACUUACAUCAUGCUCCUUAUUCCGAAAUGUUCUUCAAAACUGUUUACUGGCUGUGGCAGCAUGUAUAAGGAUUUGAAGAAAAAAUUGUAGCAUAGAUGGUGGCAUCCAUGGAAAAAGGAACUAAGAUUAGCAAGCACUGGGUUGGCUCAACUUACACCUUACCUUUCUAUGAGUGGAAGAGGAUCUAUUUUGUAUUCUGGACAGAACAAUCAAAUGUUGUGUUUUAUUUGCAACAUGCUUCAUGACAGACCUUAUACCUGCUUCUAGAAUCAGCCCUUGUGAUUGUUCUUUAAUGCAAAUGAAUAUAAUAUUAAUCUUUAUUAAAAUCACUGUUAGAAUAAUUAUAGGCUAUAUGUUUGUAUUGUAUGUGUAUUUUCUGUGUGGGUUAAUACUAGCAUCAACAUUUUUAACGUGUUAAGCAGUGUUGCAUGUCUUUUAGUUAUUUGAUCAUCAACAUUUCUGCUUGACUAGGCUCAUGCUAAGCUUGGACCUUCUACGUUGGCAUAUAUAUAAAUCACAUUUACUGUUAAGAGAUUCUAGGCUCUAGUAGUUCGCUUUCAAUUAAUCUUAGGUUCAUGGCACGAAAAGUUCUUCAGUCGGGUAAUGUGUAUUACACAUGCCUUUUUUUAUUUGGAGCUGCAAUUGUUUUUAAGUCACAUGAAUGAACCAUGUAAUUCUCGCUUGCAACGUACUACAGUCACUAGAGUAGUUACAUUUUCCCUCCUUUGAGGGUUAUGUGAUUCUUUUUGUGGUUUAUGUUAUUUCUCCCCAUUGAGGAAUAGCAUUUUUUCAUAAGUUCUGGUGUCACCUUCACUGAGUUGCUCUUAUAUCAUAGGAAUGUAGAGCACAAUUGCCCGUUCCUAGGAACAUAGGAACUUUAAAAAAAAAAUCAGUUAGCCUUUGUCAAUAUUACAUGGUAACUUCCCUCAGAAACAACAAAAUUCAUUACAUGGUUACUAGUCUAUGCCAAUGGUAUAGGUUUUGUCACUUUUCAUCAUAGGACAGCAUUUUUUGGCUCAGCCCUGAUACAAUAAUGGGCCAGAGAAGCAAGUUAAAGAAAUGGGAAAAAUCAGUGAACCCUUCAUAGAAUCGGUAGAUGAGUAGAUAUGUAGUACAUUAGUUUAUGUAUCUGCACACAAAAUUUUAUGGCUAAUUUUCUAUUUUCCCAGGAUGAGGACCAAGAGUCUAUUAUCAUGCCCAACAAGAAUGGAGAAAAGUUCCUUUGCUUUUUGCCUAAAGUUCAGAAAUCCAAGAGUGGGAAGCCAGUUGCUCAACAGAACUUAAGUAGCAUGAUUAUGGAAUCUGAGACGCAUAUGAAACUGAAGACACCAGAUGAGCUUCUAGAAGUGCUGAAAGAUCGGUGCUUUAUUAGGCAAGAGGGAUGGUGGUCAUACGAGUUCUGCUAUCAACGGCGAUUGCGACAAAUUCAUUUGGAGGAUGAAAAGGUGGUUCAAGAAUUUUUCUUGGGAGUAUAUGAUUCUGAAGCUACAGAGGCUCACAAUCAAAAUCUUUCUGAUGUAUCCAUAUUGAAGGAUCCUCGCUCAAAAGAUGCAUCUCAAAGGUAUCAUGCUCAUAUCUUUAAUAACGGAACCCUCUGUGAUUUAACAAAUCAACCACGGGAAACAGAGGUCAGAUUUGUGUGUUCUGAACCCAGAGCUAUGAUAAGUUCGAUUACGGAGUUGUCAACAUGCAAAUAUGCCCUCACAUUUCAAUGCCCGACACUUUGCAAGCACCCAUUAUUCAACGAAGAAAGACCAGUGUCGCACACCAUUCACUGCAAUGCUCUACAAAAGGAGGAACGGAAGGCACAGGCAGAGGAUGUCAGUUCUCGAGGUGGGAAGAUAACAAUGGUCACUGAUGUCGGGUAUUCCCAUGCUUCCACUCCAGAAGAAUAUGCAACAUGAACUGUAACUAUUAUCGUGAGAUUAAUUAUGUCAACAAAAUGGCUGGGAAAUUUUCGUCGUGGCAUUAAUGUUGGAGCUUUCUGAGCAUUGAUCUGUAUAAACUGUAUAACCGUAGUAACCCUUUAGGUUAAAAGAGAGUAGUAACUAAAUUGAUAGGUUUACAGUACGUUUUCAGAAUAGUAACUUCUGGUUCAAACAAUGGAACUUCUAAAUGCAUAUAUAUUUUCAUGAUAAGUAGAAUAAAUGUUGUGCUUCAAACUUAA